GUUAGUGUUUAGAUUAUGUUACUUGAAUUUGGUUUGUUCUGCUAGUAAUAGUCAAAAUAAGUAUUUGUGAAAAUCCGUGAAAAUUUUAUUUUUAUUGUUUGAAAGGGAUUCUAAAAUAUUAAUUAGUGUUUGUUGGUGAUAUUUGUGUGAAUGUGUUUGUGGAUAAACAUUUUAAGCAAUGGAUAGUUUUAAACUUUUAUGUAUCAGAUCCCAAACAUUUCACUAUUAUUCUGGAUGUAUUAAAAUUAGUACACUUUUCAAGAAUUCAACUGAAUAAAUUAAACCAUAUUUUAAAUCUAAAUCAUGAUGGGAUCUGUCCAAAGAGCAUUUGCUCAGAAACUGUCAAGUCAACAUGCAGCGGAGGUGAGACGGCAGAUUGCUUCUCCACUUGGCAGAGAUCUAAACAAGACUGAGAACCGGAUCAUGAAUACUUCAUCACCAUCAGACGUUGUGGAUCCUCUGGAUUAUGAAGAGUUUAUGCAACAACACCAGCUAGUUAUUGAUAGAGAUCCAUUACGAAACAUCUUGGACUUCCCUCCCAACGAUAUUGAAGUAUGCAUAGUUCCUCGCAAAAGUAGAACGAAAACACUACCGAUACCCAAGGAGCCUUUAGGAGAGCUGAGCCCACAUGUGAGAGACUGUGUGGAGUGUUACACCAGGGACUAUGUGGUGGUGGACUACCACUACCGUCACCAUUCCAGUAGCAACUGGAUGCGAGACAGACAUAGCGAGAAGGAGGCCCUCGUACAACUGGUUCCUCACCAGGAGUUUGAAAUUGAUUUGGAACAUUCAAGUUCUAACGGCUCAACCGAUGACACCAGUUACAAGGUCAAGUUGGUUGGGGCAGACCGUGUUGUGACCACAGAUAUGCCAAGAGGCAGCUGGGCAAGCUUUGACCUCUUGAACUCUGUGAGUGAUCCACUAAUCCCGCCACUACUGGAGCGUAUGCCACCUGACACCAUUGACCAAAUCAAUCAAGGCAAGCGUCAGGAGAAUCGACAGGAUUCCCUGUUUCUUCUGUACCCUGUGCAACAGCAAGAGGAGUUGGUGGAGAGGAGAUUAAUGCCCGAGUUGCCUUCUGAACACCAACCACACCGAAUUCUAGUCAAGUGCCUACAACUCAAGUUGGAACUAGAGGUGGAACCGAUAUUUGCGUCUAUCGCUUUGUACGACGCAAAAGAGAAGAAGAAAGUGUCAGAGAACUUCUACUUUGACAUGAACCCUGACAGUUUGCGCAAGAUGGUGGAGCCCCACGUGGGCCCGUUUGACGUGAGCACACUUAGUCGUGCCUGUGUCCUCAACGUGACCUAUCCCUCUCCCGACCUGUUCCUUGUCAUCAAACUGGAGAAGGUGCUACAAGGUGAUAUCAAUGAGUGUGCUGAACCAUACAUGAAGGAUGAAAAGAACCUGGACAAGGUGAGAGUGAACGCAGUACAAUGCUGUGAGCGGUUAGGCAAGUAUCGCAUGCCGUUCGCAUGGACCGCCAUCUACCUGAUGAAUGUUGUAUCCGGAGUGAACAGCCUGGAGCGUGAUUCCUGCAGCGACAAGGAGAGCACUGGCUCUAACAGUUUAGAUCGGAAAUCAAGUAUGAGCAACUUUGAACAGCUGCGGAAACGUGCGAGUGACAUGGGGUCACUUACACGGCGAGGCUCGUUAGAGCGGCGGACAAGUGCAGACAAACGGUACUCCUGGUCUCCUGAGGACCUCACCUCCAGCCUCGACACCUUCCGUCCUGUCACACUUACGGUUACAAGCUUCUUCAAACAGGAAAGUGACAAGUUGAGGGAUGAGGACCUCUACAAAUUCUUGCAGGACCUCAAGAGGCCUUGUUCAGUGCUGAAGAAACUUAAAUCUAUCCCUGGAGUACUCAAACUGGACAUCUCUCCCUUCUCUGAAGAUGUGAAGGGCUGCCUCACCCCUGAACUUGAACCUCUCAUCCCUGUCUCUGAUUUUGACACUCUUUCUGGCUCCGAAGGAAAGAGUCGUCCAAUAAAAGAAAUAUUAGAGUUUCCUGCGAAAGAAGUCCUUCUGCCUCACUUCUUUUACAGAAACCUUCUGUACGUCUAUCCUAAAGAACUGAAUUUCACUGGCCGUACGGGGUCAGCGCGAAACAUCGCAGUUAAAGUACAGCUCAUGUGUGGAGAGGAGGAUCACCAUGCUCUACCAGUCAUAUUCGGCAAGUCCUCUUGUCCAGAAUACUGUCCGGAGGCCUACUCUACAGUCAGCUAUCACAACAAGUGUCCGAAUUUCUAUGAUGAAGUGAAAAUGAGUCUUCCAGCGAACUUGACGGAUCAACACCAUCUGCUUUUCACCUUCUACCACAUCAGCUGCCAACGGAAACUGGAACAGAAUACAGUUGAGACUCCUGUCGGGUACACGUGGCUGCCGCUAUUUCAGGACAACAGAUUGAGGCUGGGAGAGUUUAUCUUGCCUGUGAUGAUGGAUCACCCUCCACCCAACUACUCAUACAUCACACCGGACGUAUUGUUGCCUGGCAUCAAGUGGGUGGACAACCACAAGGGCAUCUUCACAGUCCACGUGGAGGCCGUUACCUCUGUACACACUCAGGACAUUUAUUUAGAUCACUUCUUGAACUUGUGUGCCACCUUGGAGCAAGGGCGUAUCCCACAGAGGAUGCAAGAGACUAGUGUCGAAGGAGAGCUUAAAAUAAGUAUCAUAAACCUGAGCCAUGCCAAGACAGAGCCCCUGACCAAGUUUUUGCCGCUGAUCCUGGACAAGUUGGUGGCACUCCUGGUCAAGCCUAUCACUCUCGACAGUCUCACUCUUAACAUCAGUCAGACGGUUUUCGAAGCUAUCACCAACAUUGUGAAAAACAUCACUGCCCUUCAAGAAGUAAGCCAGGACGCAAUGGGGCGACACCCUCUCUUAACUGCCUAUGUUGCUUACCAGUGCGCCUUGCCCCACCCAGAGACUAAGAUUCAACUCAACCAGUUCCCUUAUGCCAGAAGCAACAGCAACCCAGUUCCCUACAUAACAUUGCCCCUGAAGAUUCAGAGGUCAACUCUUACUCAAGAGGUCUCGAUCGCACAUCCAGCAGAAAUACUAUUUGAGCUCCCAUGGAUCCAAAAAAGGGUGUGUCAGGAGAAUGUGAUCUACAAGAUGAAUUGCUGUAAGCUUGUACACGAGGAGGUGGCACUGCAGUGGGUGGUCGCCAGUGGACUAGCCCGGGAACUCUCGAUGGCCAAUUCAUGGUUUUUCUUUGACCUAAUGAUCAAGAGUAUGAUUGAACAUAUGGUGGCCACUCAGAGCCUGGAAGUGCCACGUAAACUGCGGUUCUCCGAGCAGUUCACAGAUGAUGUCUCUACACUAGUCACUACUUUCAUAUCAGAGAUCAUCGCUUCUUACAACAAAGAUCCCAAGUUGAUCCACAGCAUGAAUGCAAGCCUAGCUUUCUUCCUGUACGACCUUCUGUCCAUUCUGGAUCGGGGAUACGUGUUCCUACUCAUCAAAGCGUAUUGCAAGCAGAUGUCUGCCAAAAUAUCUUCACUGCCAGAUGGAGCCACCCUCUACAGUCUCAAGUUGGACUUUGUUCGAAUCCUAUGCUCACACGAGCACUUUGUUGCUUUAAAUCUUCCGUUUGGAACACCUUUGAUGUGGAGUUCUGCACCAGCCUCUCCCACACCGUCACAGGCAUCGUCUACUAGCCAGGCGCGUGACAAAACCUGUUUUGCUGAGCUCUCCUACGAGUACAAGCAGCAGCACUACCUCACUGGCCUGGUGCUCACAGACCUGGCUGUUGUACUGGAUAUGCAGAACCCCAGUCUACACAUAAAGGCGGUGAACACAGUACGCAAUUUGAUGACUUGUCAUGACUCGGACGCAAGAUUUGCUGAACCGGAGUGCAAAGCCAGAGUGGCAACCCUCUACCUCCCUUUGCUUGUCAUCGUCAUGGACAUGCUGCCUCAGCUGCACAACUGCAAUGCUGACACCAGAGGACGACUACAGCAGAACGAGGAGCUGGUACCAGAUGCGGGUAUCAACCAAUCAGUUGCUAUGGCCAUUGCUGGUACGUCCAUGUUUGGCAUCAAAGUCACUCCACCGGACAAAGUGAAGAUAUUUCAGCAGACUCGCCGAGCAGGCCUGAGCAAUGAGACCACUCGGAAUUUGCUCAUCUGCUUCCUGUGGAUCGUCAAAAACAUGGACAAGGAAGUGUUGCGCCAGUGGUGGCUUGAUCUGCCUGUCCAGCGGUUGCGCCAGUUGCUAGAAGUGCUCAACAUCUGCAUUUCGUGUUUCGAGUACAAGGGCAAGAAAGUGAUCAAGCACUCGGUGCAACAAUUCAAUAACAAAACUUUGGACAUCAAGUCUCGCCUAGAAGACGUUAUUUUGGGACAGGGUUCUGCACGUUGUGAGAUGAUGCUGCGUCGCAAAGAGAGGAACCCACCUUCACCAGGUUGGACCGGUGACCGGUUACGAUGGCGCAAGGAGCAGAUGGCAUACCGGCCGGCGACAGAUGUACCGGACAGACAAAGCCGGUCUCAGGCAGAGUCAGAUGCCCAUAUAGAAGGAAACCUUGCAACUGAAGUCAGCUUGGUGAUCCUCGACACACUUGAGCAGAUCGUUCAGGUUUCAUCCCAGUCGGACCACCUGCAGUGCUUGCUUGGCCCCACACUCAAAGUGCUGCUUCACGCUCUCUCACGGAACCAGAGCACGUUUGUGCUUCACAACAUGUUUGCCACUCAGCGCUCAUUGGUUUUUAAGUUCCCCAACCUUCUGUUUGACGAGGAGACAGAGCAGUGCGCUGACCUCUGCCUUCAACUGCUGAAACACUGCAGUUCUCUGCUGAGCAGCAUCCGCUCCCAUGCCUCAGCCUCUCUCUAUCUGCUGAUGCGCCAGAACUUUGAGAUCGGCAAUAACUUUGCUCGAGUGAAGAUGCAGGUAACCAUGUCCUUGAGCUCUCUAGUGGGCACCAGUCAGACAUUCAGUGAAGCCUCUCUGCGCAGGUCGUUGAAAACCAUUCUACUCUAUUCUGAAGAAGACCUGGAACUGCAGGAUACCACGUUUCCAGAACAGGUGAAGGACUUGGUGUUCAACUUACACAUGAUUCUAUCGGACACAGUGAAGAUGAAAGAAUUCCAAGAGGACCCGGAAAUGCUGCUAGACCUCAUGUAUCGGAUAGCCAAAGGUUAUCAGAAUUCUCCUGACCUACGACUCACAUGGUUGGCCAACAUGGCACAGAAACAUAUGGAGCACAACAACCACACGGAAGCAGCGAUGUGUCUGGUACACUCCGCAGCACUGGUGGCAGAGUAUCUGCACAUGCUAGAGGAUCAGUGUUAUCUACCCAAGGGAGCAGUGAGUCUGGAAGGUGUGACACCAAAUGCACUGGAGGAGUGUGCUGUCUCAGAGGAUGUCCUCAGCCCGGAAGAGGAGGGAGUGUGCCUCGGCAAGGACUUCACUGAGAGUGGACUUAUCGGCCUCUUAGAACACGCUGCCAACUCAUUCUACUCGGCUGGGAUGUAUGAAGCUAUGAACAAUGUGUAUAAGGUGAUGAUUCCUAUCACAGAAGCCAAUAGAGAUUACAAGAAACUUGCGAACAUUCAUGGGAAGCUUCAUGAUGCAUUCAAUAGAAUGGAGCAAUUACAGGGCAAAAGAGUGUUUGGAACAUAUUUUCGAGUAGGAUUCUAUGGAUCGAAAUUCGGAGAUCUGAAUGGGGAAGAGUUCAUUUAUAAAGAACCGACACUGACUAAACUGCCCGAGAUAUUUAGUCGACUGGAGAACUUCUAUGCUGAACGGUUUGGGCCAGACAACAUGGUCAUAAUAAAGGAUUCUAAUGUCGUGGACUCCAACAACUUGGAUCCUGAUAAAGCUUACAUUCAGAUCACAUACGUGGAGCCGUACUUCGAGCCAUACGAGUGCAGAUACCGGCUCACACACUUUGAUCGCAACUUCAACAUCAAACGGUUUGUGUAUGCAACACCUUUCACUACAAGUGGUCGAGCCCAUGGUGAACUUCACGAGCAGUUCAAGAGGAAAACAAUUCUCACGACAGCAAACCACUUCCCAUAUGUCAAGACAAGAAUUCAAGUUAUACAACGGAAACAAGUGGUGCUGACUCCUAUAGAAGUGGCUAUUGAGGAUAUCCAGAAGAAGACUGCAGAACUUGCACAAGCCACCCAGCAAGAUCCUCCUGACCCCAAGAUUCUGCAAAUGGUUCUGCAAGGUUGCAUAGGCACCACAGUUAACCAGGGGCCGAUGGAGAUGGCAAUAGUGUUUCUAUCAGACUUUGCUGAUGGCAAGGGAACGCCAACUAAACUUCAGAACAAGCUGAGGUUGUGCUUCAAAGACUUUUCUAAAAAGUGCUCGGAUGCUCUGAGGAAGAACAAGAACCUGAUUGGACCGGAUCAGCGGGACUAUCAGCGUGAGUUGGAGCGCAACUACCACCGGUUCAGUGACAGGCUGGUUCCCCUGAUCACCCUCCGCAAUACUCAUCCUCACGACAAGCUCGUCUCUCAUUCACACAGACUGCCAUGCACGUCAUAAUUCCUCUACACUUUGUGAUAUUUACAUGCUUAAAUUAAUUUUUUAUACAUAAUCAUCUGUUAGUAAAGACUAUGUUUUGUACUGUAGACGCCAAAUACAUUUUUUAGGAUAAGCAUAUUAUAGUCAACUGUAUAUAUUUUGAGACUGUUGUAAAACUUGCUCCACUGCAAGUUUAAUUUGGCAUUUCAAUAAGUAAUGCUUGUGAUAUUAUGCAAAAGUCAUUUAUUUGUUCCCCAAAGCAUAAUACUUAAUUGUUUGUUGUCUUCGUUGUUUUAGUUUCUAUAUUCUUAAAAAUAUUGAUAUUUUAAUAUUAGUUGAAGAGCUCUUCAGUACUUAAAAGCUUUCUUGUGUUCAUGCUAGUGCAAUAUGUUACCCUCAUACAGAUUACUAAUAAAUUAUAACAGUAUUUUAUAUUUAUAAACUUAAAUUUUGUUGAAAAGUAUUCAUGGCUUCCAGCUCUGAUUGCAAGCAAAUACUGCAUAAUACAUAUUUGUAUGCAUUAUGAAAAUAAAAAAAGAUUUAAAAAAUA